AUGACGGACGAAGUGCCGCAUCCCAAGUCCAUCCUCCGCGGUCACAAAGCCCAGGUCCACGCUCUCGCGUUCGUACGCGGCAACGAGAGACUGGCCAGUGGAGAUGCAGAAGGUUUUGUCGUUCUCUGGGACCUCACAAUCUUGCGCCCAACGGCGGUAUGGAGACCCCAUGAGAAUGCUAUUUUGGGCAUCGAGGGCUGGGGAGACGACCGCAUCAUCACCCAUGGCCGGGAUCACAGGCUCGCCGUUUGGCAAUUGGGUCCUAAGGACGAGUCACAUCUUAGCAAGAAGCUCCCGCUCGAUGAGACGCCUGAACCAAGACCUCAGCCCUGGCUGCUACACCUCAUCGGGGUCAACACCAUGAAUUUCUGCUCCUUCGCUUCAUGCGUUCCGCUGUCUGAGGGCGCGUCCGAGACUACGAAUUUGUUGCUCGCCGUACCAAACACGUUGGCUUCGGAGUCGGUCGACGUGUAUGAGUUACCCUCUAAAAAACGUCUUCACACCGUAAAAACCACGGAAAAGAACGGCAUGGUCAUGGCCCUAGCCCUCCUGUACGUCGACGGAGUCUCCUCGACGGCGCCAUCCGCCAAUAGCCAGUUAACCCUCGUUGCCGGGUACGAGAAUGGCCUGGCAACGGUUAGGCAGUUCGCUGGCGGCACAUGGAACACCAUCUACUUGUCCCAAGUGCACAACCAACCCAUUCUUUCGCUAGCCGUGGUCGCAGACCAGGGUUAUUUUCUUACCUCCGGUGCGGAUGCAGUAGUGGCCAAACACCCUAUCCCCGGCCCUAACCCCGCUGUCGACGGGAAUCUCGUACAACAACCGUUGAAAAUACUGAACACCAAGCACUCAGGCCAACAGGGCCUACGCAUCCGCGACGACGGCCGCAUCUUCGCUACCGCGGGCUGGGACUCGACCAUUCGCGUAUACUCGGCUAAGACCCUCAAGGAGGUGGCGACGCUAAAAUGGCACCAAGUUGGAUGUUACGCCGUUGCAUUGGCCAAUGUUAAGGCGGCUCCUCGAGCUCAUGAGACCCGAGGCGCCUCACGCGAUCUCAUUUCUCAUACGGGCCAAAUCAGUGUCAAGGACAGACGCAUACAACAGGCGCAGAGUGCUCACUGGCUGGCAGCUGGCAGCAAGGAUGGCAAAAUAUCCUUGUGGGAUAUCUUCUGA